AUGACUUGACCCGGUAUAUUUUUGUCACAGGAGGUUUGUUUAAAAGUACGAUAGAAAUGGCUGCAUAUUCAAGCGUGAAGUCUACAAAGCUGGUUUUAAAGGGGAUGAAUAAAAGUAAAAAGAAAAAGAACAAAGAUAAGAAGCGGAAAAGAGAUGAUGAUAAGGAGAAAGAUGAUGUUGUCGGAGGAUGGUGGGCCAUCCACACCAUUGGGGAGAUCACAGGCAGUGUUGCCAUAGAAAUGCAGAACAAUGCGUACCUGCAUGCCCUCGACACCGGACUCUUCACCAUGGGAGCGCCUCACACAGGAGAGGAUGAGGGUCCUGACCCACCGGAGCAGUUCACAGCCAUUAAGGUGUCUGACAGCAGGAUAGCUCUGAAGUCUGGCUAUGGGAAGUAUCUUGGAGUGACCUCCGAUGGUGUGGUGGUGGGCCGCUCAGACGCCAUUGGCUCUCGGGAACAGUGGGAGCCUGUGUUUGAGGAAGGUAAAAUGGCUCUGAUGGCGGCCAACAGCUGUUUCAUCUCCUACAGCGAGAGCGGAGACAUCGUAGCCGACAGCAAGACAGCCGGCGAGGACCAAAUGGUCAAGAUUCGCUCCUGCGCAGAGAGGGAGGUCAAGCGGAAAGACGACAUCGCCGACGAGGACCGGGGCAACGUCAAGAACUGUGAGCUCAACUACGUUAAGAAAUUCCAGAGUUUCCAGGACCGCAAGCUCAGAGUGAAUGAGGAGGACAGCGGUAACCUGAAGAGGGCCAGAACUGAUGGCAAGUUCCACGAGGCUCUGCUGGACAGGAGAGCCAAGAUGAAGGCUGACCGAUAUUGCAAAUAACAGGAAAAAAAGGAGAGGCCAUUGGUGAACUGAGUCCAUAUUGUUUUAAAUGUAUAUCUGGAGAGCUUUCUUUUUUCUUUUUUUUUUAACUGCAAACUGAAUUAAGUUUUAUCUUUUAUUAAACACUUUGAACAUA